GAGAGAGAGGGAGAUUGGUCAUGGCAGUUGAACUUAACCAACAACAGCAGGUAUAUCAGAGAGAUUGAACUUGUGAAACAUGCAGACUUUUACAAGUUUCACUCAUUUGUUUCUUCUGGUAUAUACAACACAGUAAGUGAAGAGAAGAGAAGAGGCUUUAGCAAGAGAUUGGCCACCACUUGCCCCAGUUGUUCAUAAUGAUAUUGAAAAUAAUGUGCUGUUUUGUUGACAAAAGUUGAUGUAUAUUGCCCUUUCAUCAUUCUUAGCAUUGGUUCUGUGCCUUUCUUGGAAUGACAUUAACUGCUACUGUAGCAUGCAUCAAAGGAUGGAAGCCAUGCGGUAAUGAGAACUGCUUCAACGAAACCUAUCCAAUCCAACAAGCAUCAUACUGGAGAAUUGGAUCUCAUCUUGCUAUCCUGGAGACAAUUCGCAACGUCUUACAAGAACUAAAGAUCAACCAUUACAAUUUUGAACAAAUGCACAAUUGUCAGACUAUCAAAAAGAUGGUUCAUAUAUCUGUUUAUGGUGAACAAAAGGAAAAAACUCUUGACAGGAAACAAAGAUUUGACCCUAGAGAUUUUGCUGAUUGUGUUUUCACUGGCUCUUACUAGGACUACGUAGCACAUGAGAAUGAGAUUAUGUAUGCAUAUAUGUUGAGCAGUUGUAAAAAUUAUCGUGAUAUAUCUAAACGUCCUUUUUGGAUAUCUGAUGACAUUUACACCUGUCUAUUCACUGUAAUUGCUCUGAGCAUUGCUUUUCCCUUUUUUCUUGGCCGUUAUUCUGCUUUUACAAAAUGUCAAAAACUCAGAAAAUAUAAUUUAGUAUUUUAA